AUGUCGAUAUUCAGCCUGGACGAGGAGAUAUGUAAGUUAACUGUAAAUGGGAGUUGCGCAGUAUUAGAUGACGAAGAUGAUUUUGAGCACGAUUUCUCGAGUGAUUUAUGGCACAAAAAUUUACUCUCUGUUGAACCCAAGGCCGAGGCUCCAAAGCAGUUCCUAAAAGCUUCACCAGCCUCUAUUUCAAGUAAUAUGACCCGUCGUAGACGGUCUUCACUCUACGACAAAAUGUCGGUGAAUACGCCGCCGAACACGAGAAGGUUCGCGCUAUCGACACAGGAGCAGAAAGAUGGGAAUGAUAGCAAUAAUUCAAGCUAUUGUAGCCCCAGUGUGCUGCAAAAACAUGGAAUGAGGUCUUUAGAGGACUUCAAGCCCAUUAGGGUACUCGGCCGUGGGGCCUAUGGAAAGGUUUUAUUGGUGAGGGACUCGCACACACAUCGACUAUAUGCAAUGAAACAACUUAAAAAGGCAGAGAUUUUGAUUCAUGAAGACAAGAGCUCAGAUACAGAGGAAACAAAAGAUGACGCUCUUGAAAAGCGGCUUGAACGAACCUUCGCCGAAAGAAUAAUUCUUUCACAGCUGGAGCACCCUAACAUCGUCAAACUGUUUUACUCUUUCCAUGACCAUCAUAAGCUAUACUUGGUUUUGCAAUUUAUACCUGGCGGGGAACUUUUCUAUCACUUGAAAGAGCAAGGCACCCUUGAUGAAAAUACUGUAACAUUUUACGCGGCAGAAAUUAGCUGCGCACUGAAGUUUUUGCACGAAAGAGGGAUAGUUUAUCGCGAUCUGAAACCAGAAAACUGUUUAUUGGAUGAGAGGGGGCACUUGGUUCUCACUGAUUUUGGUCUCAGCAAAAAGAGCGCAGCUGAUUCAGACACCCCAGAGAGAAGCGAUAUAGAUGGUGAUGCCCUCAAUUCUCAUUCUGGAGAGCCCGUAAAUAAACUUUACUCCAUCAUUGGCACUCCUGAGUAUUGUGCUCCAGAAAUAUUGGAGGGCAAGCCUUACACGCAGAAUUGCGAUUGGUAUUCACUCGGAUGUCUAGUGUUUGACAUGCUGAUUGGUAAACCGCCCUACACAGGCGUUAACCAUAAAGUAAUCCUUGGCAAAAUUCUAAAGGACAAAACUCCAAAGAUUCCGAGUUAUUUGAGCGAGGGAAUGAAGGACUAUCUAGGGGCCUUGUUGAAGAAGGACGUUACCAAGAGAUGGGAUGUUGACAAGUUCUGGGAUAGCGACGGACCGAAACAGAAGAAAAAGAAAGCAGGCCAGGCUAAAACGACUAGCUACCGAGCUCACUUUGUGUUCCGGAAGAUAAAUUGGGAUAAGCUUGAGACCGGGGAAUUACAAAAAAGCUCUGUGGGCCCUAUUUUGCCCAUAAUCACAAACUGGGAGCUUGCAGAAAAUUUUGAUGCUGAGUUCACAGAGAUGCGGUUAGACAGUCAGGCAGAUGAUGGCCGCAUCGACAUUCUGCCCGUGAAUACAAAGUUUGAGCACAAAGACGUCUUCAAGGGUUUCAGCUAUGUGGCCAGCUCAAGCUACCUUGAUCGUCACUUUCUGUAA